AAGAAGAAGAAGCAGAAGCUGAAGCUGAAGCGGUGGUGGUGGUGGUCCAUUUUGGCUCCAGAAACAGCGAAAAUUCCAGCCAAAAGGAGUCUGUGGGAGAGACUGAAAAACAGCAAAGCCGGUGUGUGGUGUCAUAGCCUGCUUUCUGACUACAGAGAGGCUUGUAAGGAGAUCGUCUUCGGUGCCUGGGAGCGCCCAGUUAAAGCCUCUGUGUAUGUGGUCCUGCUGGGCGGGGCCUGGGCCUGUUUCCACACUAAACCGGAUCACUUCUCUUUUGAGGCUGACCUGCUGGAGCGCUCCAAUCAGCUGGCGCUGCUGUCACCGUGGAUCCGUAGUGCAACCUCUGAUGGACACGUGCAGAAGCUGAUCAAGCUUCAAAACGAGGGCCGACUUCACCACGCAAGCCUGGGUGUGGUAUCUCUGAUUUAUUACACUGACUAUGAUCCAGACACUAAACUCUAUGAAGCCCAGUGCUCCUAUCUGGCAGUACCCUGGAGGGAACUCCCCCAGCGCAUCCUAGACAUGGGCUUUGUUGGCCGCUGGUUGUCACUGGAUUCAAAGAUGAAGGACUAUGAUAUUAAUGAGGAAGAGUUCAAACACCUGCCAGCAAACAUGCAGGCAACAGCUCCACCCAGUGUUUGGGAGGUGGAAAGGAAUGAGAGGUUGCACAAAGAGUCCUGGGUAGCAGUGAAAAUACAGAAAGAGGAGGAGGAGAGAAAUAAGUAAUUG